UCCAAAACAAAAUCAGUCAAGCAGCCAACAUCAGUAAAGCGCACAGCGCGAUCAGCAAUAAAAAGGAGCAAAGGAUUACCUUUUUUGUGGAUUAUUAUAUAAGGAUAACAAAACAAAGCUGUUGAGUGCGAAUUGAAGUUGUGCCAGUGCUAAGUGCGUUUUACUUAUUUAUUUCUCAAACCCAAUUAAGGCGAAACAAAAGCGAAAAGCUCGUACGCCUGCAUAAUGAGAUUAACACAUCGUCUGGCAAUCAUGGCCGCCAUACUCUUGGCUGGCUGCUCAAUCAGUUAUGCACAGGAAUCAGCGUGGGGCGGCGGUUGGGAACCCGCGAAGGAGUCAAUGCUCAGCAGACGCGGCGCAGAGUCCGACAAAGCAGAUCCCGCCGCAGUCCAACCUGCAGAGGUAGAGGGCCGUAAUUAUGGUGUAAAUGAAGCUAUCUAUAGCAAUGAUACUAACGUCGACAUCAAUGCCGUCAUCGAUCAAAUUAUAAACUCCCGCCGCGAAGGCCGUAUUUUAGGCGAAUAUGAUCAAGUUUAUGCCGAUGGUAAUAUCGAUCAGGCGCUGCAACAGGGCGACCACAUGCAGGCACGCAAUCUUAUACGUGACAAACUUUGUGGAUUGGGGCUGAUGAGUUGUGAUGUCGAAGAGAAGCGUCCUUACUAUUCAACAAUUUACGCGCAAGGUCCGCCACCGCCCUCGUUUGGUGGUGGUCCAUAUGGACCGGCCAAGCCAAUGCCACCACCUGGCCAUUUCAACAGUCGUCCGCCACCAUCCUCGUCAUUGAACUCUUUCGGUCCGCCACGUAAAGUUGGUUACGAAGGCGCUUACAAGCCACCUUAUCGUCCAUCUGGCCCAGGACCAGUGUAUAAUGGUCCUUAUUUGGAAAAUCCACCACCCUCUGCAAUUGGCGCCACAUUUAAUAAACCUCCACCCGGUGCUAUAAUUUACGGCAGCAAACCACCAGGUCCCGUCUUCAACGGCAACUCCGACGUACCUCCUCCUUAUGCCUUUGAAAAUCCUGGCGCUGAGAAAAUUCAAGCAUCUGGCUCCUCACAAACCAAUUUUUAUGCACAUCAGUCGUCCUCCGCUUCGGCAUCCUCGUCUUCGAAAGUAGUUGUUGGCAAUUUGAAUGCCAUUCCGGUGCCAGCUCCACAAGGCGGCUUACAACAGCACGUGCACCACCACUUCCAUCACGUUGAGGGCGCUGACGGCGUCGCUGGUGCUCAGGUGCCAACUGUGCCAAUACCAAUUGGUGGUGGGCAAUCGAUUAAUACUGACUUCUCAUCACUUGCACAAUCAUCGACAGCCUUCACACCACAAACUCAAGGUGGUUUCACGGAAUCCAAUGCCUUUACAGCCGGUUAUAAUGGUGCUUCACAAGGAGGACUACUUUCGCAGGCGGCAGCCAAUAGUUUCGGCACAUAUGAGAAACCCAGCACAGAACUCUACAAGCCUUCAGGCGGUUUAGGUAGUUUUGGCAAUGCUGCUACUCAAGGGAUUUAUGACCCAUCUAACGUUAAUGGUGUUGACACUACAGGUAUUUACGGACAAACAGCUGGCGCAAAUAGCUUUGGCCAGAGUGGCUUCGGACAAUCGACCAACUUUGGCCAGUCCAACAACAACUUCGGACAAGCCAGCGGCAGUUAUCACAGCCAAAAUCCCGACUAUUACAAGAAGGAGUUACAAAACUUUGGGGGUAUUGGUACCUCGGCUGGCUACAAUGGCCUCGGAAACAAUUUAGCAGGUCAAUACCCAGCUGGAUAUGACACCUCACGUCAACAAAUCGUCGAUUGUCAAUGUGUACCAUUCAACCAGUGUCCGGCAGCCGAUCGUAUUGGACGCAAGGAAGACCUUAUCUUAGCUAUCGAUCCACGUAAUUUGGGCAAAGACAUUGAAGCUUUGGGUGAUGAGACAGCUACAAACGCCACUGUCAGUGAGACAGAAGAUAAGAAAAAAGAAAAGAAAGAGGAAAAGAAGGCGGACGAAAUUAAACGCAGUAAGCGAGAGGCUCAAGCCGAAGAUAAACAAUCCGACGAGGGUGCAGCUGAUCUGCCACUAGAUGCCGAAGGGCGCACUGGCAUACCAGAGCUCGCAGCCUUCGAGCUAAUAAAGCGUAAAAUUCUUCCCACUUACGGCGUAUCAUUUGGCUUGCCAUACCCCAAUGGUGUAGGUGGUUAUCCUGCAAAUCCACAAGGCGAUUUUCAUCCUGCACCGAAUCCGAAUUUUGGUUCAAUAGGACCGAAUGGCUUGAAUCUAGGUCUUUUAAAUGUAAACCCAUUGGUCUCCGUACAGGUCAGCAAAACUGAGUUCGGUGACAAAGUGGUAAAACCACUGGUCAAUCUUCAUGUUACACCGAAUGCCAAUAUCUUUCAAAAAGUCGGCGAAUUAUUCAAAUCGAAACCCGAGUACACACACAAUACACAUUACCAUCAUCACGACCAUUACAGUAGUUUUGAGCAUGAUCACCAUUCGCAUACUUUUACCGCACCUGGUCCCAUUUACGGUGGCACAGGCCCCAGCGCCACGAUCAUCGAUGUGGUGCCGAGCAAGCCGAUAUAUGAACAUCAUACUACUAUAACGGCACCGGCAAAUACAAUAAUUGAUACCGGGUUUCUCCCGCAGCAUCAACAUCAUGCGAGUCAACAAUUCCAACAUACCUCUUUCGGUACAACAUCCACGGCGAAUUAUUACCCAGGCCCUUAUGCUGCGGUCGGCGAACAUUCUUCAUAUCCUAGCUAUAACUUGGCCAAUACAGGCCCCGAUCAUUUCAGCGGUUCGAUUUCAAGUGGGUAUGGUGCGAGCGGUCAUGGUGCUGGCAUUUAUAGUGAGAGCUUAGCACAAUCAGGAUACUCAACUGGCUUUGGCGCGAGCGGUCAUGCUGGUGAGAUUUUCACUGGCGAGCAUUAUAAUGCGUAUGAAGAGCGCAGUUCUAACACAAGCGUCACCUUUAAGGGGCCAAGUGAGCAUGGUCCGAAACAUCAAAAUAUUAACGAAUUGCAUACUCGCCGAGGUAAAGGAUUGCGCUAUGAGCAUAAUUUGCGCCCCAUACCAACACAAGCGCCUGGUGCUGCUGAAGGUAGCGACUAUGUGACAUUUCCACGCGAUCGUCGUCGACGCGAUGUGGUUGAGCAUGAGGAAGCUGCGGAACGUAAAGAGAGUGUUUUGGCACGAACGGUAAAGGCGGAACAGCGCGCUUACUACGGUAACCGCCCAGUUGAGAAAACCUGCCGCGUCAGUGAGGUCUGUUGCCGUCGUCCUCUACGCCCACCACCACAACAACUUGGACGUUGUGGUACACGCAACGCUGCUGGCAUUACUGGUCGCAUCAAGAACCCAUCGUAUAUUGAUGGAGACAGUGAAUUCGGCGAAUAUCCAUGGCACGUAGCCAUCCUGAAAAAGGAUCCCAAAGAGUCGGUUUACGCUUGUGGUGCCACACUGAUAGAUGCACAACACGUCAUUACUGCCGCUCACUGCAUUAAAUCUCAAAACGGCUUUGACUUACGCGCCCGCCUCGGCGAAUGGGAUGUCAAUCACGAUGUGGAAUUCUUCCCCUACAUUGAACGCGACGUCGUCUCGGUACACAUUCAUCCCGAAUACUACGCUGGUACUUUGGAUAAUGAUUUAGCUGUGCUGAAACUUGAUCAUCCCGUGGACUUUACCAAGAAUCCACACAUCAGUCCCGCUUGCUUGCCAGACAAAUUCUCCGACUUUACUGGCUCUCGCUGCUGGACCACUGGUUGGGGCAAAGAUGCUUUCGGCGAACAUGGCAAAUACCAGAAUAUUCUCAAGGAGGUCGACGUGCCGAUCUUGUCGCACCAUCAAUGCGAAUCGCAAUUGCGUCAAACGCGUCUUGGCUACAGUUACAAACUCAAUCCCGGAUUCGUUUGUGCAGGCGGUGAAGAAGGCAAGGAUGCCUGCAAAGGUGAUGGUGGCGGUCCAUUGGUGUGCGAACGUAACGGCAUCUGGAAUGUGGUCGGCGUUGUAUCCUGGGGUAUCGGUUGCGGUCAAGCCAAUGUACCCGGUGUGUAUGUACGUGUUUCGCAUUAUUUGGAUUGGAUUCGUCAGAUUACGCAAUACUAUAAAUGAGUAACGGCACAGGUGAUGACGACGCAUGUAGUGGCGACCACAACAGCCUAUCACAGCUGUCAGUCGCAAGACCGAGAUGUGUUCCACUUUCACUUU